UGCCCGGUUCUGAGGCAGGUGCCAGGCAGUAGGGACUUAGGCACGGGACGGAAGCCUGCAGUCUGUCUGCAGCUGCGGCCCCAGAGAGGUGGUAACUUGCAGGUAGCAGGUGAACGGUGUCCCUUCUAUGCCCAGAAGCCUCAAGUGGAUCCCCCAGAAUCACAAGCUGCUCUAUUUACUUCCUUGGGGUGGAUUCCUGGAAGUGGAAUUAAUGCGUCAAGGGAUAUCAGCUUUUCAAAGGCUUGGUACAGGCUGCCAAAUUGUUUACCAGAAAGGGGGCUCAUCAGCUUCUGGACACCACCAUGACUUCAAGCUACACCAGGUCUUCAAGAUCGUGGAAUCAAAUCCAUACAGAAGAUCAAAUCCUGAAUAUCCAAGCCACUUUGGCAGAACUUUGCGUGGACGUGCUCAGACCAGGAUCUUGGAGCAAAAGCAAAGACCCUGGCAUCAUCCAGGCAGGAAAACUGAGGGAUCUUCAAGUCACAGGACCUCAGAAGGAUCUGCAUCUCCCACCAAGGCUACAAGAUGCUCCCAGGCUUCUGCUAAGGCCAGUGCACACCCACAAAGAAAAUGGAGAAAUCAACCUCGAAAGCUUAUGUCAGCAAAGCAUUUAAAGAGGCUUUCAUCAGAGUCGCAUGGGAAAGUCAAAGGAUGUGCAACAGACUUCACGAUCAGAAAACUGAGACACAGAGAGGUUGCACAGCUUGCCCAAGGGCACACAGCUAGCAAACGGCAGUUGAAUGAGAGCUCCGUGAGGGCAGGAGUGUUGUCUGUUUUGUCCCUCACUUUGUCCCCAGCGUCUGAAACAGUUCCUGGUCCCUGGAACGCCACAGGACGAUGCCCACAUUCCCAGGCACCAUCAGACUCAGAAAAAGUCACCGAGAAACCCUGUGCUUGAGGCUUCAGAGAAAAAUCCAUCUGUAUUCUUAAGGUGUCAUAAAGAGAAUCUUCCCUUGCCCUCUGGGGAGUGUCUCAGAGGUCAGAGUGGCAACUGCAUCUCUCAUUCAAAAUGGGAAGUCUUUGAAAUAAAGUUUCCACCCCAACUGAACGAUGAAGAGUUCCAUCAAAAGCUAAAUUUAUUUCUACCAAGAAUAUAUUUAAACAUUUUCUUUUAAAGUUUUUCCAUCUCUUCAGGUAUAUUGCGCUCAAUAACAUCCUUAUCACCCCACCAAUAACAUCCCUAUCACUGCCAAUGAUAACGUCCCUACUUAAAGGAAAGGUGGUAUGUGUGUACAAUGGAACAUUAUUCAACCAUGAAAAAGAAGACGAUCCUGCCAUUUGCAACAACAUGGAUGGACCUGGAAGGCAUCGUGCUUAGUGAAAUAAGUCAGACAAAGAAAGGCAAACACUGGAUGAUAUCACUCAUAUGUAGAAUCUAAAAACGUCAAACUCAAAGAAAUGUAGAGUAGAAUGGUGGUUACCAGGAGCUAGGGGGGUAGGGGAAAUGGGGGCAUGUUGGUCAAAGGGUACGAAUUUCCAGUUAUAAGAUGAAUACAUUCUGAGGAUGUAAUGGACACCAUGAUGAUUGUAGUUAACAAUACUGUAUGUGCUGUAUAAUUGAAAUUUGCUAAGGGAGUAGAUGUUAAUAUUUUCAGCACACAUGGGAAAUGGUAACUUUGGAUUAACGUGGUAGUCAUUUAACAAUAUCUCAAAUCAUCACAUUGUACACCUUAAA